AUGAAUGACGGUCUUGACGAGACCUAUGUUCGGUCGCCGCUCCCAACCAGAGUGAGAAGCGCCUGCGAAAGGUGUCGGCGCCAUAAAUCUCGGUGUGACCCUGUUAGGCCUUGCUCAGUAUGUAUUCGAGCCAAGGUCGAUUGCCAGCCGCUCCCGACUUCAGUUCGGCCCGGGAAAGCAAACUCACUGAAGCGUCUGGGCUCCAAACAAACCAGGAAUCCUAGAUCUCGCUCUCACAUCUCCCCAGUGACUUCCAGUGAGCAUUCAAUACAUCGGCGUGACUCUGGUCGCGAUACGGCCCUGCUUGACCAAGUUACAUCGGCAGAUGAACCUUCCAGAGCAAAUGAUGCCACACUGCCUACUGAUGGGCAGAAUAUGCCAUCGCCCAUGAGCUGUGGGGAGCCUGAAUCAGCUAUUGGUAUUGCCCAAAGGAUAUGUGGACUUGGUAGCCAGCGCAUUGAUGAGCAAAUCACUUCUGCCAUCCCCGGCUAUCAAGCAAGCACCAAUAACUCCGAUACAAGUCCCUUGACAGACAGCCAACGAGUUCCCAUAGCUAUCAUCCUGGGUCAGACAUUUCCAUCCAUGGAGCUUGUGUUAGAACUGGUGGAGGAUUACUUCGAUGCCGUGCAUUGGUUCUCUCUCGCGAUAUACGAGCCAAAAUUCCGGGCUAGCCUCCUUUCCAUUCAGGAUGGGUGUGCCUCUCCUUCCCAGCGGCCGUUUCUCCUGUUACUAUCGAUGAUGCUUGCGAUGUCGGCUUGGUAUAGAUCGCAGAGGGGUGGCACUGAUAUGACAGAAAAGAGUCACGAAAUGAAAAAUUUGGGUGCGAACUUACUGAAGCUCAUUGAGUCCAAUUUGGUGGAGUUGAUGGACACACCUUCGGUCACUGCCGCGCAGACAUGUAUCUUGUUGGGAUCGCAUCAUGUCUAUCAUGGAAGACCCAAUCUUUCCUUCUCCCUGUUGGGUGCGACUAUCAAAAUGUCACAGUCAUUGGGGUUGCAUCGAGGAAACAUGCGAAAAGAAUUCCAUGAUCUGGAAGAAAGAAAAAGAGUGUGGUGGACAAUAUACACAUGGGACAGAUUUGCGUCAAUUACAUAUGGCAGACCCUUGGGCAUCAACGACAAGGAUUGCAAUCUCAACAUGCCAUCCGACGUGCCCGAAAAUCCGAAGUUCGUUGAUCCGUCGUCGGGGCAGGCUGACACCAUUUGCUACUCUACUUAUCAACGAGAGUUGAACCAGCUCUAUUUGAUUGCAUCUCCCGCUCUCAAAACUGUGUUUGGCUCUCGGACUCUUGGGACCUCUCAACAGCUCAAUGGAGAUACAUAUUUUGCCUUGGUGGAGCAGAUCACACGAAGGCUACAGAGGUGGAGAUCCUGCUUGCCAGACCAUCUGGCAUUGGAUCUGAAUCAAGAUUUCGAUUCCACUGGCGGGCCAAUUUCAAGAGCUUACGUCCUGCAAUCUUUGUCCCUUCAACUGACUUACGACAAUGUCCUUAUUGUGCUACACCGCCCCUUGUUGGCACGCCAGGUCGAUCACCUCUAUACUGCAAAUAACCGAUCACCCCAGGGGAGCGAAACUAGCACCCCAAUGUACCAUCCGAAUACUUCUCCCUCCGUGGCCCAACCGAACAACACUGCAGAAUCUACAAACGCCGCCACUCAAACCACCAGCUCAGAAUUAUGGAUGAAAGCAGCAACAAGGACAGCCAGGGUGACAGAACUGCCCGCUCUCGCCCAACUAGCCACCGACAGUCACCUAGUUGCAUUUCUUGCGAUCAAUCUGUUCAACGCUGCAAUCGUCCUGGCUGUGAUGGCUAUCUCCGAGCCUCUGUCUGACACCGCGCAGGAAGUCAAACGGAUAAUUACGCGUAUCUUGCGCUUGCAGGACCUGCUUGGAAGACGGUCUGCGUUAUCAAAACAAAGCACCGCUGUGCUGAAAAACGUUGUGAUAAUGCUUCUUCGUCGUGAGUCAGCUGCCAUGCUGGCCCCCGUCACCGGAAAUGGUCAGAUUAUGGGUCAAAUGCCGGUCCAUUCUGUAGCAGAGCCAUCUUCAUUCUCCGUGGAAGACACGCUUCGGAUGCCACUCGACGCCGCACUGGACCUUCGCAAUCCCCUGGUCAGGGAUCAAAGACUGCCGGAUAGCCUGACUUCGGUCCAGUAUGGUAGGUUGCCUGGUUCAGAAUUCUUGUUCGAGAUGCACAAGUUACUAAUGCGAGUAUGUGUGAUAGCAAUGGGCCCGGCAGAACUCUCCGUCAAUCCCUCAGUACAGACUCGUGAUAUGGCAUUUCAAGAACCUCAAAUGGCCGCACAAAACAAUAUCUUGUGGCAACAAACAGAUGAUUGGAAUAUGCCUGGUUUCUCUCGUUUCAUUCCAGAAGACACCUACCAGGGCAACACUGAAGGGGGUUUGUAUUGGCUAUGGGACAUGACUUGGAAUGAGACCGAAAGAUGA